AGCUGGACUGUGGCUGUGUUUCAUGGGCCCCCAGAGUUGGUUGGAGACACACCCAGAAAGCCCAGCCUGUGGCUGGGAAACGGAUGGUGGCCGGUGGGCAAUAAAGACCUUUCGGUAUCCCUACACAUGUGAGGCAGGGACAGAGUUGGAACGGUGCCAGCGGCAGGCGGAUGAGGUGACAGAGAUCAUGCUCAACAACUUCGACAAGGUCCUGGAGCGCGAUGGGAAGCUGGCGGAGCUGGAACAGCGUUCGGACCAACUCCUGGACAUGAGCUCCGCCUUCAGCAAGACAACCAAGACCCUGGCCCAGCAGAAGCGCUGGGAGAACAUGCGUUGCCGGAUCUACUUGGGGCUGGUGUUGGGCGGUUGCCUGCUCAUCCUCCUGAUCGUGCUGCUGGUCAUCUUUCUCCCACAGAGCAGUGGGGGCAGCAGUGCCACACAGGCCCAGGACACAGGUGCCGCCUCGGGGCCUGGGGACUGACCCAGCUGGGCCUGGAGGAGAGGCCAAGUGGCCACACUGGUUGGUCCUGGUCUCCAGAAAACCCCCAGCAUUUGCUCACAUCUGAGCCACCCAACUGAGCGCCGAAGAGCAACCUUGACGUGUGCACAUUUGUAUCUCCUAUCACCCCACAGACGGGCCUUUGAGGGCAGCCUGCUGCACUGGCCAUGACAGGCCAGCCCCACCUGGAGCUCAGUAAAAGCUGCUGUUUGGUUAAAACCUA